UGUACGCCUUUGAGCGCGCGCAUUCAUCCACUCCCGCGAAUGACGACAUUCUCCAGUUAAAAUUUACCGAAAGUUUUGUUUUUCUGAGGGUAAUUUUCUUCGCGUUAAACAUGCAGCGAAGUAUAGCGUCCUUCUUUCAGCCAGUGAAGUGUAAGGAGAAGGAUGGCAUGACCAAGGGGAAAUCUGAGUCAGUUAAAAGCCCCCUCAAGCCUCAAAACAUCGAUCAGGAUUGUGAUUCACCAGUGAAAAUGAGAAAGCGGACCCGAGCAGUCAUUGACAGUGAUGACGAAGAGCCACAGGUUUUAAAAGAAGUCCCCAAACAAAAUGGAAAGCAAACGGCCACACCAGGAAAAGAAAAGGUUGCCCUUGUUGAGGACACAGCGAGCCCACUCUCACCAAACCCUCUUCUUACCCCAACAACCCCUGCUGUUUCGGAAAAGUCUGGCACUCCUGAAAUGCCUGUUACCCCAAAUUCCACUUCACCCUCAGGCAUCCCAAAACGCAGAACUGCCCGUAAGCAGUUUCCCAAGAGGAAACUGGACAGCAGGAGUGAUGAAGAGCGAGAAAAGGAGGAGAAAGGAAAAGAAACAGAGGGAGGACAGAAGAAUAAACGAGCAAAAAUAGAAUCAUCUCCUGAAAAGAUGGGGAACGAUGAAGAGGAUAUGGAGGUGGCGCAGAAGGACAGAAGUCCAGUGGAGAAAGAAGAGAAAGCAAAAGAUGAGGGGAACAUCACUAAUGCUAAAGAAAAGAAUAAAAUACAAAGUGAGGACAAGGCUGCUGAAAAGGAAGGAGAGAAACAUGAUUUAAAAGAGAAGGAUAAAGAAAUUAAAAAGGUAACGGAUGAGGGAAAAUGCAGUCCCGAAAGAGUGAUCAAAAAAGAGAAAGAUGCAGAGGAGAAACGAGAGGGAUCUGCAAAGAAAAAACCCAUUAACAGUUUCUUUGCACCCAGAAAAGCUGCAGUGAAGCUAGAAAAAUCAGAAGAGAAAAGUGAUAUAGAGAAGAAGAAUGGCGAGAAGCCUUUGGCUGCUCCUGCUUCUGAUGAGAAAUUAAAGAAGGGUGAGAAGGAUGCGGAACCUGCAAACCAGAGUCAAUUUGACCCUUCUAAAGCUCACUACCAUCCCAUUGAUGAUGCUUGCUGGAAAAGGGGGCAGAAAGUUCCUUAUCUGGCUGUCGCUCGGACCUUUGAGAAGAUUGAAGAAGAUUCGGGCAGGUUGAGAAACAUCGAGACUCUAUCGAACCUUCUGCGCUCUGUUAUCCUGCUCUCUCCAGAUGACCUUUUGUGCUGUGUGUACCUGUGUCUGAAUCAGCUUGGCCCUGCCUACCAGGGGCUAGAGCUAGGAAUUGGGGAAACAGUACUGAUGAAAGCUGUUGCCCAGGCAACUGGGCGUCAGCUGGACAAAAUUAAGGCUGAGGCUCAGGAAAAGGGUGACUUGGGAUUGGUAGCAGAGAGUUCCCGUAGCAACCAGAGAAUGAUGUUUGCACCAGCAAAUCUGACUGCAAUGGGCGUGUUUAGCAAACUAAAGGAGAUUGGCAACAUGAGUGGAAACUCUGCAAUGAAUAAAAAAAUUGACAUCAUUAAGGGUCUGUUUGUGGCUUGUCGUUUCUCAGAGGCCAGAUACAUCGUAAGGUCAUUGGCAGGAAAGCUGAGGAUUGGGUUGGCUGAGCAGAGUGUUUUAGCAGCUCUGAGUCAAGCAGUAUGUCUGACUCCACCAGGUCAAGAAUUCCCUCCUGCUGCGAUUGAUGCUGGAAAGGGGAUGAGUGCAGAGAGCAGAAGAGCGUGGCUUGAGGAAAAAGGACUCAUCCUUAAGCAGACUUACUGUGAAAUGCCGAAUUUUGAUGUCCUUAUUCCUGUGAUGCUGAAGUUCGGCAUAGACGAACUUCCCAAUCACUGCAAACUUACCCCAGGUGUGCCACUGCGUCCCAUGCUGGCUCACCCAACUAAAGGUGUAGGGGAGGUGAUGAAACGAUUUGACGAGGCUGCUUUCACCUGUGAAUACAAGUAUGAUGGCGAAAGAGCACAGAUUCACAUUCUUGAGAGUGGCGAGGUUCGCAUCUUUAGCCGAAACCAAGAGGACAACACCACCAAAUACCCUGACAUCAUUUCACGGAUCACGCAGAUAAAGAAAGAAUCUGUGGUUUGCUGUGUGUUGGACACCGAGGCAGUUGCAUGGGACAGAGAGAAAAAGCAGAUUCAGCCCUUUCAAGUUCUUACAACACGCAAAAGGAAGGAUGUGGAUGCAUCUGAGAUUAAGGUGCAGGUUUGUGUGUACGCCUUUGACCUGCUGUACUUAAAUGGAGAGUCUUUGGUACGGGAGCCACUGAGUAAGCGACGAGCGUUGUUAAGGGAGAGUUUCAUCGAGAAGGAGGGAGAGUUUGUCUUUGCUCGUUCUCUCGACUCUAACAACACUGAAACUAUUGCAGAAUUCCUGGAGCAGUCUAUACGAGACUCCUGCGAGGGCUUGAUGGUGAAGACCCUGGAGAAAGAUGCCACUUAUGAAAUUGCCAAACGCUCCCAUAACUGGCUUAAGCUGAAGAAGGAUUAUCUGGAAGGUGUGGGGGACACAAUGGAUCUGUGUGUGAUUGGUGCAUAUCUAGGGAAAGGCAAGAGAGCUGGUAGCUAUGGGGGUUUUCUUCUUGCCUGCUACGAUGAUGAGAAUGAGGAGUUUCAGUCAGUCUGUAAGAUAGGAACAGGUUUUAAAGAUGAAGAUCUGGAGCAGCAUUAUAACUUCUUAAAGGAGCACAUCCUUCCUAAGCCCCGCCCCUACUACAGAGUGGAUCAAUCAGCAGAGCCAGACGUUUGGCUAGAUGCUGUACAAGUAUGGGAAGUGAAAUGUGCUGAUCUGUCGCUAUCACCGGUUUACAAGGCAGCAAUGGGAUUGGUGGACCCAGAUAAAGGGAUUUCCCUUCGCUUUCCUCGAUUCCUUCGUAUCAGGGAUGACAAGAAACCAGAGGAUGCUACAACAGGAGCACAGAUUGCUGAUCUCUACAAAAAGCAGCAGCAGAUUCAGAAUCAAGCAGAAAAGGCUGAUGUAGAGGAUUAUUACUGAUUCAGCCUCUCUGAUUGGCUCCUGGUAAAAUUUGUGUAGCUGUUUAGUCAAACUAUUCAUGCUAACUGUAUCAUUAAAAUAUUUCCUUUUUUGUUCCUGUAAUUAUUUUAAAUGAAGGUACAAAUCGCAGUUGUACAUAGGGAAAUAAUCUUUAAAAUGAACAUCUGAAAUAAAAUUCUUUUUAUAAAUUG